AUGGGCUUUCAAAAUCUCACCGCUGUUUCCGCUGAUACUAAGUUUUUUGUAAUCUCAACUAAUGAAACGUUUCAUGAAAUUUCUCCAUUUCUUGUAAAUAAACUAAUCCUAUCACACAUUGGAGAGGUAAAAAACAUAAAAAAGUUGAAAUCUGGUGACUUACUAAUAGAAGUAGCAAAUCCAUCUCAAGCAAUAACUCUUGGUAAACUAACAACAUUAGGUGACCUAAAAAUUAACGUCUCAGUUCAUAGAAAUUUAAACUUUUCAAGAGGAGUAAUUUCUCAACCAGGUCUUAAAAAGCAUUCUGAAUCUGAGCUUGUACAUGAGUUAUCAGACCAAAAGGUUUGCGCAGCUCGACGAAUUAAUAUCAAACGUGAUGGCAAAUUAAUUCCCACACAGCAUGUUAUUCUCACCUUUUCUACUCCUGAGUUACCAAAAUCCAUUAAAGCAGGCUAUUUGAGAUGUCCGAUAAAACCUUACAUUCCUAACCCGAUACGAUGUUUCAAUUGUCAAAAAUUUGGUCAUUCACGGCAUGCCUGUAAGAGCCCAACAAUAUGUGCUAAAUGCUCUAUGCCCGGACAUGAUUCCUCUGACUGCAUUUCUGAUGACUUUAAAUGCAAAAAUUGUCAGGGAGAUCAUCCAGCAUUUUCAAAAUCUUGCCCUCAAUGGAUUUUAGAGAAAGAAAUACAAACAACAAAAGUUCGAAAAAACAUCUCAUUUGCCGAAGCUAGGAAACUAGUCACCGAUCGCACCCCUAAACCAGGACUUGCUUAUUCCUCCGUUUUAAAACAAUGCGCACAUUGUGGUUUCAUAGCAAAUUCAAAUAAUACAGGGAAAAAAUCAUUGCAACCAGCAAUAUCAUCAGCUUCUACGUCUUCUGAUAAUCCUUUACAAAUAGAAAAAGAGCCGUCAACUUCUAUGAAAACAAUUUCUGUAACAUCACCUUCUCAGAAAAAUAAACCCCAAUCUCUUCAGCAAAAAUUAACCUUUAAUAUACCAAAUCACAAGAAUAACUCCAAUGUCAAAACACCAGAACCUAUAAAAGAAACUAAGGCAGCCAAAAGAGCUCGUCUUGCUGCAUUAAAGAAAAAUAAAGAUUUACAAAAUCGAACUGUAUCUAAAGAUGAUUUUUUGAAGAAAACGAGAAAGGCAACAAAACACUCACCAAAUAUUGACCCACCGCUUAAUAUUCAUCCAUCGGAUGAUGAUAUUCUGUCUACAGCUAGCGAGACAGAUAUUCUUCCAUCUUCUCCAAAAAGUCCCUGA